UCAGAGCAGCCAUGACUUCCUUUGGCUAUGACUCCUACAUGCCGUCCUCCUACAAGAGGAAAACGGUGAUCCGCAGCGGCGGAUACGGCGGCGGCGGAUACAGCGGCGGAAGCAGCGGCGGCGGCGGCGGGAUCGUAUCCAGGACCAUGUACUCUAGCCACGCCGCAGCGCCCACCUACGGCUCCUCCGCCCGCCGGGUGUACCCCUCUCACAGCCGCACCACCCAGUACUCGGCUCCCAUGUACUCCUCCACCUCGGCCGCCGAGCUGAGCAUCAGCCAGGCGGCGCAGGUCAGCACCGAGUUCAAGACCCUGAGGACCGAGGAGAAGGCCCAGCUGCAGGACCUCAACGACCGCUUCGCCAGCUUCAUCGAGCGGGUGCACGAGCUGGAGCAGCAGAAGAAGCUGCUGGAGACGGAGCUGCUGGUGCUGAGACAGAGGCACACGGAGCCCUCCAACCUGGCCGGCCUGUACGAGCAGGAGCUGCGCCAGCUCCGGGCCGCGGUGGAGGAGGCCAGCCACGAGAAGCAGGCGGCGCAGAACCACCGGGACCAGAUGGACGACGUGCUCGGCAACCUGCAGGGCCGCUACGAGCAGGAGGUGAUCGCCAGGGAGGACGCCGAGGGCCGGCUCGUGGACGCCAGGAAGGUCUCCGACGAGGCGGGCCUGGCCCGGGCGGAGCACGAGAAGAGGGUCGGGACCCUGUUGGACGAGCUGGCCUUCCUGAAGCGCCUGCACGAGAGCGAGAUCUCAGAGCUGCAGUCCCAGGUGCAGUACAGCGCCCAGGUGUCGGUGGAGAUGGAGGUGGUCAAGCCGGACCUCUCCGCCUCCCUGCGGGACGUCCGCGUCCAGUACGAGAAGCUGGCCCAGCGCAACCUCCAGUCGGCCGAAGAGUGGUUCUGCACCAAGAUGAACGUGAUGACGGUCGACUCGGCCCGCAACACGGACCACGCCCGCUCCGCCAAGGACGAGGUCCAGCAGUACCGCCGACAGAUCAAAGCCAGAGAGCUGGAGAUCGACGCCUGCCGUGAGAUGAACCAGGCUCUGGAGGGCCAGCUGCAGGAAGUACAGGACAACCAGAGCAACGAGGUCACAGAACUGCAGGUCUCAAUCGUUCAACUGGAGGAUGAGCUGAGGCAGAACAAGAAUGACAUGGCUCGUUACUUGAAAGAAUACCAGGACCUCCUGAACGUUAAGAUGGCUUUGGACAUCGAGAUUGCCGCCUACAGGCAGCUGCUUGAAGGGGAAGAGAACCGCCUUAGCGCACCGUCCGUGUCCCACUACUCCCAGAGCAUGUACUCCUCCAUGUCCUCUGGCUACCCCCAGUAUCAGAUGCAGAGUCAGCUGAGCUCCGCAGCCCCCCACCUCCACAGCUAUCGCCUGGGAUCAGCACUCGUCAAGGAGGAGAUCAUCUCAGCCAGCCACGCCCAGCAGGCAGAAGCCACUCGAGAGGAGGAUCAGGAAGAAGAGGAGGAAGAGGAAGAGCAGACCGAGGUAGAAGAAGCGGAAGAAGACGCAGAAGAGGAAGUCGAGGAGGCUCAGGGCGAAGAAGAGGCUGAGUCAGAAAAGGACCAGGAAGAGAAGGAAGAAGACGCCGAGGAAGAGGAAGGAGAAGCAGCAGAAGAGGGUGAAGGAGACGCAGAGGCAGAAGGUGAAGAGGAAGGCGGAGACGCCGAGGCAGAAGCUGAGGAAGAAGGAGAAGCUGAGGGAGAAGGCGACAAGGAAGGAGCCGAAGAGGAAGGAGAAGGUGAUGAGAAGGCUGCAGAGGGAGAUGCCGAAGGAGAGGCAGCAGAUGGUGCAGAAGAAGAAGAGGGAGCAGCAGAAAAGGAGGAAGAGGAUGAGGGAGAGAAGGAACAACCCAAGGGAGAGGAGGCACCGGCCAAAACCCAAGACGACACAAAGAAAGUUUAAAUUGUUAAGAUACGUUGUUUCCGAAUAAUGCCUAUAAGUCUUACAUGACCGGAGAUGUCUUUUUCUGCGCUCCAUACGCAGAGAUCUGUGAUCAAUUCAAAUGAUUGUAAGACUCUUACAAACGAGAAGAUCAUAACUUGGUGAAACAGCCGAUAACAAAGUAUGAGUAAAGUCAGAGCAUGGACGCAUGCAAGCAUACUCUACGAGCAAAGACAUCACGCAAUUAAUGUUUAUCGACGGAAUCUCUUGAAGGCCAGGGUGUGUUACAUGUUCGGAAGCAUCGUAGAAUUUUGUUUGCCAAUACCUGUGUGCUUUACUGACACCACAAUAUGCCUAUUUAUUGAUGACAAUGUUUGAAGCGCCUUAUCUCAAAUCCUCAUCAAUGGGGGUUGUCAAUUCAAUGCUGCGAUUUAACUGCAAUAAAGCCAUAAAUACAUCAAC